GGACGUCUUAAAGGGCUCGGAGCCGGGCUGCUCCCGGCGCCGCAGCGCUGGUUUCGCCUUCCCUCCCCGCUGGCCCUCCCUCCUCCCGCCCACUCGCUCCCUCCCCCCGAGCUCUCCAGGCACCGAGCCCCGGGAGCUCUGCGACAGCCUUCCAGGAUUAUGGAGUUUCUGAGCGAGAAGUUUGCCCUCAAGAGCCCACCGAGUAAAAACAGUGACUUUUACUUGGGCGCAGGAGGCGCGUUAGAGCACGUUAUGGAGAGCCUGGACAAUGAGUCCUUUUACAGCAAAGCGUCGGCGGGCAAAUGCGUGCAGGCCUUCGGGCCCUUGCCCCGCGCCGAGCAUCACGUGCGCCUGGAGAGGACUUCGCCCUGUCAGGACAGCAGCGUGAACUACGGGAUCACUAAAGUAGAAGGACAGCCUCUUCACACGGAACUAAAUAGAGCGAUGGACAACUGUAACAGUCUCAGGAUGUCUCCCGUGAAAGGGAUGCCAGAGAAGGGAGAACUGGAUGAACUUGGGGACAAAUGCGACAGCAACGUAUCCAGCAGUAAGAAGCGGAGACACCGAACCACCUUCACCAGCUUGCAGCUGGAGGAGCUGGAGAAGGUCUUUCAGAAAACCCAUUACCCGGAUGUGUAUGUCAGAGAACAGCUUGCUCUGAGGACAGAGCUGACGGAGGCCAGGGUCCAGGUUUGGUUUCAAAAUCGAAGAGCCAAAUGGCGAAAAAGAGAACGUUAUGGCCAAAUCCAACAAGCUAAAAGCCAUUUUGCUGCCACCUAUGACAUUUCAGUUUUGCCCAGGACUGACAGCUAUCCACAGAUUCAGAACAAUUUGUGGGCAGGAAACGCGAGUGGUGGUUCUGUGGUUCCUUCAUGCAUGUUACCACGGGACACCUCCUCCUGUGUGACACCUUACGCGCACUCGCCUCGGACAGAUUCCAGUUACACAGGGUUUUCAAACCACCAGAACCAGUUCAGCCACGUGCCCCUCAACAAUUUUUUCACUGACUCUCUUCUUUCUGGGGCCACCAAUGGACAUGCGUUUGAAACAAAGCCAGAGUUUGAAAGGAGGUCCUCCAGCAUCGCGGUUCUUCGAAUGAAAGCCAAGGAGCACACUGCCAAUAUUUCAUGGGCCAUGUAACAUACAGGGCUCUUUCUUUUUCUCAUAAAGGCAAAGUAAAACUUUCUCCUUUCUCAUAUUUAAAGGAUACCACAAUAAGCUGCUGUGUGUGGAAUUGCUAAAGGUCAAGAUAUACCGUGAGACCAGCUUAAAUGAAUAGUUGUUAUUAUUUAACGUUAAAAUCUAAGAAUGGACCUCUGAAAAGACUAAAUAGGUUUACCAUGCGCCAGUCUCCACAAACUCUGUUUUAGUAGUAAGAUUUUUUUUUUCCCUAUUGUAUGAGUUGAUGAAAUAUGAUCGUGCAACUUCUUAAAAGAAUAAAUGUAUUAAACAAAUUCCUCUGUUAUAGAUUGAUUUAUGUUAGUUCUGUAUAACAAGAAAUCCCUUGUAAAAUACUACCUGAAAAAGGAGGAAAUGCACCAGGGAAAAUGUCAAGAUACCAAAGCUGUCAGGUAAAUAUUGAAGCAGGGUGUUUUGGGGAGUUAACUGCCAUUUCUCCCUCUCUGGCUCCAAGACACAAUGGGCAUAUCCUCUGUUGCUGAGAAUUUAUCUGCAGGAAGAUGUUUGAAGAUUUUCCAACAUCUAGAUGUUUCAGUGAAUUCCACUCCAUGAAAAAAGAACUCUUCUGAAAUGACCAGCACUUGCAUGAAAUAUUUGGGCGUCGUUUCCUGAAACCAUGUGGCUAAAGGUGAUAACUGAAAUAUCCUGAUGUGAUUUAAAAUCUAGUCACAAGAUUAGUUUUUGUAAAUGCCAUCUUUUUAAACGAAAAAGCCAGUAUGGACUCAGUGAUGAGUUGUCACAGCAAGAGACAAAGAAAAGUUACAAAACCCACUGUUGCUUUUACACUAAAAUUGUGUCAAUUAAACUGUACUCACAAACUUCUCGUCAAUACCCUAAAAGAAAUAUUUUCAGUUAAAGGAGCGGCAAAUCAGAAUUAAUAUUUAUUUCACGAGUGUGUACCAGUGCACGUGUGUGUGUGUGUUUGCUUUUGACCUAGAAGCUGUAAGCAUUUUUUUGCUACUGUGAUUUUGCACAAGGAAUUAAAAUGUCAGAAGGCUCUCUAAACUUUCUGGUGGAAAAGAAGAAAAGAAAAAUACAUUGCAUCUGGAAAAUUGCUAACCCCUUUGAUUUACUUCUCCUCCCUUUCCCCUGUCACAUUCCAGGCUUUUUCAGAUGAGUGAAAUGUCAGCCUCCUUGAAAGACUCUUAAGUUCAUAGAGGCAAAGUAAAUUAAUUGAAAUGAAGAUGCCUUCCAUGGCUUGGAUCAGAGCGCGAUCUGCUCUUUGUACUCUCUUAGAAUCUUCUCUGUGAUCCUACAGCCUUGAGGGAUAUGCUUGGAAGCCCUCGAGGCAAAAGGACAAGAGUAAACGAAUUUUUAAAAUUCAAUUUCAGAAAACGUACUUAAAUCCAGUAAGUGUCUCUUUCUAGUGGGAAAAUAUUUAUGGCAGCUAGACAUCUUUUGUAAUAAAAUGUUAAAUCAAGCAGAUGAUGGAAAUGAGUGAUGGCCUAAACAAACAUUCUUUGACUUCGUAACAACUCUGUUCUUUAUUACUUUUGUGUUCUCUCUUUUUAGUUUUGUUCCCAAGAAAAACGUGUUCCACUUUGGCCUUGAGAAUUCUGCUUACGUGCAGGAGCUUUUGUUAAAGGAUUGUUUAGGCAGCUGUUAAGUAUCCUUCGUGUUUUAAAAGAGGGUGACUUUUAAUAUAUGCAUAUACAUGGUCCGUAGAAAUGUGUGAACUAAAAUUUAGGACGAAAAUGUAAGAUUUUCUUUUCAGAAAUCUCCCCAUGUUCCUUUUCUUCUGCUUUCUUAAUUGCCAUUGAGGUGUCCCUGGCCUAAUGCCUUAGAUUUUUCUAUAUGAGAGACAAAACUCAGGUUUGAAUCAAGUUUGAAUUUCACUUCAUUCCUUAGUUUUCCUUCUCUGAAAUUUUCUUCUCAUUAUAGUCUAAUAAUUAGUUGGAGUUUCUGUGACUCGAUUCUUUUCAACUCAAGUAACAUCUUUUUAAUCGAAGCUCUGCAUCUUCAAUAGUUACACAAAUUUAAUUCAAUCAGCACAUUUUUGACACCAACAGUGUGUGAAGUACUAUUUGGGAUAAUAAAAUCAGCAAUGGAACAAUGGUUUUUGUCCUUGUUGGGUUCAUAAUCUUUCUGGACAGACACGUACCUGAGGUUUGCACCUUCAACCAUGCUUUGCAUUUUAGGAAGGCAGCAAGAAUUGCUUAAAUUUUGUGCAUGUGUUAACGUUCUGACCUUUGUUUUUAUUGAUUGAAAAUUUUAUCCUGUAAGUGGCCAAAAUAAAAUAAAAAUGAACUUUUGAUGAAAGAGGGUAUGAUAAACCUAAAACAAAGAGUUUAUAAAUGGACUUCUGAAUUUUCUCUUGCUCCUUCUGAACUUAGGUUAAACAAAGUUUCAUAUUCUGGAAUCCAUAUCAUUCACAAAAAUAUUAAAUAUGCAUACUUAGGAAAGAAAAACUAAGGAACAGUUCAUUUAUUUUUAUUGGGGCUCAUUAGUGACAGUAUUGAAAUCGAAUGCUUUGGUUCAUUAAGUAAUGGAUCUGCUUGGACAUUUGUUCCCAUAAUAGUCUCAUCCUCUGUUUGUUCCUUCCACACACUUUUUUUUUUGCACAGAUUGUCUAAUAGAUAAUUCUUAUACUCUCUUUCCUGAGUGAUUUGGAUAAAGUUUGGACCGUAUGAUAAGAGAGAAAUUUAAUGGAGCUAAGGUCUGUGGUUUCUCUCAUAAACAUAAAAAUAAAUUUCAUAAAAUGGUUUGUAGAAUUUUGAAAAUAUAUCAUUUAUUCCUUAUGAAUGUGAAAUACUGAUUAUUUUCUUCUUGUAUAACUUCUUAUGAAAGCAGACAAAGAGAGCCACUGUAAUCUUUGCCCUCAGUCCUGACAGCAUAUCUUAAAAGAAUAACAGAGUUACUUAACCUGUAUAACCUCGAGGAAACUCAUGAAAUUUUGUGUAUAAAUUACUGGAGUGUAUUGGUUUCAUUCUUUCAAUUGGCUGUUGAUUUUUUUUUUUUUUUUUU